CACGAGAUCAGGUCAAAGGUUAUCAGUUAAUAUGGCGGCCGCAGAUUAUGAUUAGCGUAGAUUUGAUCAACAGGAAAACGCGAGAAAACACAGAACUAUGAAAUCAUAUCCCUUUUCCUGCCGGAUUCCGAAGUUCCUGAAGUUACAGAGGGUGUAGACUCAUGGAAGAAACCGUCCACGCAGCAUUCUCAGCGCUCAGAAGACAGGGUAUGACAAGGUGGUACCACACAGAAAUUUUUAAGAGGUAAUCCGAGUUGCUGGCUGGAUGUCCACACCAAGAUGCCCCUGUCACUAGACCUGCUGGCCGCGCCCGUACUCCGCUGCCUGCACCACAUCCGUCUCUCUCGGAUCAUCGCCAUGCUGCUGGUUAUCCUCAUCGUCAUCCCGCUCAUCACACACUGGUACCUGGGCAGCGUGGACGGCACGAGUCAGAGGCACGACCUGCCCGGCCUCGACACCCCGGGGAUAUUCCAGGACAUGGACCCCAAGGAGCUGAGACACCACGUGCACGAGCUACAUAGAAUCAAGUCUUCAGUCAGUAAUGAGUUACUUGAGCUGGAGAGUAAGCGUCAGCGGCUACAGGGCAGCAUCAGUCAUUAUAACGGGGAGGUGGAGCAGGCUAAGGUGGAGUUGGAGACAGCACGGAACGAGCUCAACGCACUCAAGUUACAACUCCGACAGACACAGAAGGAACUGGAGGAGACAAUGGAGGCCCACCGGCCGCGUGUGGCGCAGCCUCACCGUAUCCUGCCGUCGGAGAACGAUAACGUCCUGAUUGCCCCGCCUGCAGCCUCCUCCUCGUGCCGACAGCACACGUGCUUCGACUACUCCCGCUGUUCUCUCACGUCCGGCUUCCCUGUUUAUGUUUAUCCCACUGAAGACAGCAUCUUCCCUUUGGACUCUUACAUACAAGACGUGACCCUCAGCAGUCUUGAACAGAACCUGUAUCUAUCCAGCAACCCAGCCACUGCCUGUGUGUAUGUCGUUAUAGUCGGAACCCUCGCGAGUAGACUAGAAGCUAAGGAUAUGGAACGGAAACUUACCAGUCUCCCGUAUUGGAGAGGCGACGGUAGAAACCAUAUUCUCAUUAACCUCGCCAGAGACUACAGCGCCGAAAACGUGUUACGUAACAUCGAGACGGGGCGCGCGAUGGUUGUACAAUCGGAGUUCAUGUUCUCGCAGUAUCGAGCUGGUUUCGAUAUUGUCAUCCCGCCGGUUUUUACGUGGGAAUCGGGACGGGGUGCCUUCGAUAGCAUUCCCCCGCAAGUCCCCGCGCACAGAAAACACCUCUUUAGUUUUGUCGGAGAAAAAGACUCCCCUGGUGUUGUGGUAUCGGAAAAGGGCGAACUUUUCUACAAAGACGACGCGUCUUUGAACAGAAACGGUGCGACAGGUGAGGUGGAUGUUCUCGCGGACUUGGUCGCGAUCGAGAAUAACGAUGAAGACAAUCUCCUUGUGAAAGUGACUUGUGGGGGGGAGACUGUGCAGGGACUGAGGGGGGAGUGGCAGUUGUGUGGAAAACCACAGGAAAGACAACAGGUUCUCCGUGAAUCAACCUUCAGUAUAAUCAUUGUUGCAGGUAAGCUCAAAACCUCCAGUGUAUUAAGCUCUGUGUUGACAACAGUACGACUCUACGAGUCCCUGAAAUACGGAGCCGUUCCAGUUAUACUGGGCGAACAAGUACAGUUACCCUUCAGCGAGGUUAUAGACUGGCAACAGGCCGCGUUUGUCUUUCCGCUGGCACGCGUGAGCGAACUUCACUUCUUCUUACGCACCGUGAGCGACAGUGAUUUGUUACGGAUGCGCCUUCAGGGCCGCUUUCUGUGGGAAACCUACCUAUCCUCACCGCAGGCCGUUUUGAACACAGUGUUAAGCGUCGUACGAACUAGAAUAUCCAUCCCGCCAAAAACCGUUCCCGAGGAACCGUCGCCGACGGUGUACAAUGAAGACACGUACCCGUUACUUCUUGAAGAGGUUGAGCCGAUUUCGGAAACCGGGAUGGAAUUCGGACCAGUGGAACCCCCUUACGACUCGCCUAAGUUUCUUCGUAAUUUCACUACCUCAGUUGUAGACAAGCACACUUUGUGGAAUACCUUCCCGGGCCCGUUUUACCUGUACCCCUACCUCCCCACCGAUCCGGUCUUACCGUCAGAAGCAAAGUUCAUGGGAUCAGGGUUGGGCUUUCGACCAAUCAACAAGGGUUCAGGAGGGGCCGGGAAGGAGUUUCAGGAGUCCCUGGGUGGGAACGUACCGAGAGAACAGUUCACAAUCGUGAUGUUGACGUACGAGCGAGAGUCGGUGUUGAUCAACUCUCUCCAGCGGCUGAUCGGUCUUCCGUACCUGAACAAGGUGCUGGUCGUGUGGAACUCACCAAACUUACCGUCCGAGGACCUGAGAUGGCCGGAUAUCGGAGUCCCCAUAGUUGUCAUUCGAACGAAAAAGAACAGUUUGAAUAACCGCUUCCUACCAUACGAUGUGAUCGAGACAGAAGCCAUCUUGUCGAUUGACGACGACGCACACCUGCGACACGAUGAAAUCCUGUUUGGCUUCAGGGUAUGGCGUGAGGCUCGGGACAGGGUGGUGGGUUUCCCGGGACGGUUCCAUGCGUGGGACGGCUCGCACCAGUCCUGGCUCUAUAACUCCAACUACUCCUGUGAACUGUCCAUGGUCCUCACCGGGGCAGCCUUCUUUCACAAGUAUUAUGCGUACCUGUACUCCUACGUGAUGCCCCAGGUGAUCAGAGACAAGGUUGAUGAGUACCUGAACUGUGAAGACAUUGCUAUGAACUUCCUGGUAUCACACAUCACAAGGAAACCUCCCAUCAAGGUUACGUCGCGUUGGACGUUUCGUUGUCCAGGUUGUCCGCAGGCUCUCUCGCACGACGAUUCGCACUUCCAGGAGCGGCACAAGUGUAUAAACUUUUUCGUCCAGGUUUACGGUUACAUGCCGCUACUCAACACGCAAUUCCGCGUCGACUCGGUUCUCUUUAAGACUAGACUACCUCACGACAAACAGAAGUGUUUUAAGUUUAUAUAAGGCCACAUCAAUUCAUUUCUUUGGAUGUCGGAGCAUUUUUUAGUAAAAAUUUAGCAAGAGAACAACAU